UUCCAUUUGCUUCUGUUUGCAGAGGAGAAUGUGGAAGAAGUCAUCGAAGGACAUUCUGAAGGCGAAAGUGCCAAAAAGAAACGAAAGAAACUCUUGAAAAAACGGAAAGAAAAGGCAGCGAAAACUAAAAAGCGGAAGAGACUGGAAAGUGAGGGCGAAAUUGCCUCUGAGCUGGAAGAUCUCAAAGAAAAAUCAGACAGCGGUUGCAGUGACUUUGGCAAGAAAAAGAGGAAGAAACGAAAGGAGAAGAAAGAGAGGAAAAUCAAGCGUCGGAAAAGGGAUCAGGGUGAUGACAAUGAAGAGGAGGAAGGUCGUAAGCCUGAACCGAAAACCUCAGCCCGGCUACUUGAGGACUGGGGGCUGGAAGAUGUGGACCAUGUCUUCACAGAGGAUGAUUACCGCACUUUAACGAACUACAAGGCCUUCAGCCAGUUUAUGAGGCCGCUCAUUGCCAAGAAGAACCCGAAGAUUCCAAUGUCUAAAAUGAUGACGAUUCUCGGUGCCAAGUGGAGGGAGUUCAGUGCCAACAGCCCGUUCAAGGGAUCGGCAGCAGCAGUGGCGGCUGCGGCGGCAGCGGCAGCGGUUGCAGCCGUGGUGGAGCAAGUGUCUGCCAGCGCUUCUGCAGAGACACUGUCUGCACCUCCGGUGCCGUCCGUCCGCAAGGCUAAGACCAAAGAGGGCAAAGGUCCUGGUGCGAAAAAACGGAGCAAGAGCCCCAGAGUCCCAGAAGUAAAGAAGAAAAAGAGGAAGCAGAUGCCUUCUUUGAAAAUCAAGCUGGGAAUAAUGCGAUCAAAGAGGAAGAAAAGCUCCUCGAGCGAUGAGGCAGACUUGGAUGGCGAUUCUGAUUUUGACGAUGGCAGUGUACACAGCUCAUCGAUUCGAUCUGAUAGCUCGGUCGGGCCUCUGAGGAAAGCAAAGCUGAAAGCAAAAGUCGGCAGAAAGAAGAGGAAGGUGAUUGGUGAGGACGAGGCAGAUGGAUACGAGACUGAUCAUCAGGAUUACUGCGAGGUUUGCCAGCAGGGAGGAGAGAUCAUCUUGUGUGACACCUGCCCCAGAGCUUACCACUUGGUCUGCCUGGAUCCAGAACUGGACAAGGCCCCAGAAGGGAAGUGGAGCUGCCCGCACUGUGAGAAAGAAGGCAUCCAGUGGGAAGCAAAGGAUGAAGAGGAGGAGGAGGAAGAGGAGGAGGAAGGGGAGGCGGCGGCGGCAGAGGAAGUGGAGCUGGGAGCUGAGCGGGAAGAAGAGGACGAUCACAUGGAGUACUGUCGGGUCUGCAAGGAUGGUGGAGAGCUGCUGUGCUGUGACUCCUGCACUUCCUCCUAUCACAUUCACUGCCUCAAUCCACCACUUCCAGAAAUCCCCAACGGCGAGUGGCUCUGUCCUCGCUGUACAUGCCCGCUGUUGAAAGGCCGGGUCCAGAGGAUUCUUUACUGGAGAUGGGGAGAUCCACCACUGGGGGUCCCAGCACCGAAGGCACUCGAGGACAACCCGGAGGAUUUGCCGCCGAAGCCAGUUCAUGGCCGGCCCGAGCGGGAGUUUUUCGUUAAGUGGACUGGCUUGUCCUACUGGCACUGUUCGUGGGUCACCGAGCUGCAGCUGGAGAUUUACCACUCGGUGAUGUUCCGGAACUACCAGCGCAAGACUGACAUGGACGAGCCCCCCUCAUUCGAUUACUGCUCCGGGGACGAUGACAGCAAGAGUGAGAAGCGCAAAGCCCAAGACCCCCAGUACGCUGCCAUGGAGGAGAAGUUUUACCGCUACGGGAUCAAACUGCAGUGGAUGACCAUCCAUCGCAUCCUGCAGCACAGCAUUGACAGGAAAGGAAACGUGCAUUACCUGGUGAAGUGGAGAGAUCUGCCAUACGACCAGGCCACCUGGGAGGAGGAUGAUCUGGAGAUCCCAGACUACGACUCGCUGAAAAUUGCCUACUGGAAUCACAGGGAGAUGUACCUCGGGGAGGAGUCAAUCAGGCCCAGAAAAACCAAGAACUUCAAGAAAAUCAAGGAGUUUUUCGCGUACCAGCCUCCCAGCUCACCUGAAGUUGAGCCAACCAUUAAAUAUGAGGCACAGCCAGAUUUCGUCACGGUCACGGGCGGAACACUGCACAUGUACCAGCUGGAGGGUCUGAACUGGCUUCGAUUCUCCUGGGCACAGGGCACCGAUACCAUAUUAGCCGAUGAAAUGGGACUGGGAAAGACCAUCCAGACCAUCGUAUUCUUGUAUUCUUUGUAUAGAGAGGGACACACGAAAGGCCCCUUCUUGGUCAGCGCUCCCCUGUCCACGAUCAUUAACUGGGAACGAGAGUUUGAGAUGUGGGCGCCGCAUUUUUACGUGGUUACGUACACAGGAGACAAGGAUAGCCGUGCCGUCAUCCGGGAGAACGAGUUUUGCUUUGAAGAUAGCGGUGUUAAAAUCAGCAAGCGAGCAGUCAAAAUCAGGAGUCAGGCACAGGUGAAGUUUCACGUCUUGUUGACCUCCUAUGAGCUGAUCACCAUUGACCAGGCAAUUCUGGGCUCCAUUAAGUGGGCCUGUCUCGUGGUAGAUGAAGCACACAGAUUAAAGAACAACCAGUCCAAGUUUUUCAGAGUGUUGAAUGGUUAUAAGAUUAAAUGUAAGCUGUUGCUGACGGGGACACCUCUACAGAACAAUCUAGAAGAACUCUUCCAUCUGCUCAACUUCCUGACGUCCGAUCGUUUCAAUAAUCUAGAGGGCUUCCUUGAAGAAUUUGCUGACAUCUCAAAGGAGGACCAGAUAAAGAAGCUCCACGAUCUUCUCGGUCCCCACAUGUUGCGGCGCCUUAAGGCAGAUGUCUUCAAGAACAUGCCCUCCAAGACUGAGCUGAUUGUGCGUGUGGAGCUGAGCACAAUGCAAAAGAAAUAUUACAAAUUUAUACUGACGAGAAACUUCGAUGCCCUCAACUCCAAAGGUGGCGGGAAUCAGGUGUCACUGCUAAAUAUCAUGAUGGAUCUGAAGAAGUGUUGUAACCACCCGUACCUCUUCCCUGUGGCUGCCAUGGAGGCUGCAAAGUUACCAAAUGGUGCGUAUGAAGGUAACGGGCUGAUCAAGUCGGCUGGAAAACUGACGCUGCUCCAGAAAAUGCUGAGGAAGUUGAAAGACGGAGGCCACAGAGUGCUGAUAUUUUCUCAGAUGACAAAAAUGUUGGACUUGCUUGAAGACUUCCUUGACUACGAGGGCUACAAGUACGAACGGAUUGAUGGAAGUGUCACUGGUGCAAUGAGACAGGAGGCUAUUGAUCGAUUUAAUGCACCGGGAGCUGUCCAGUUUUGCUUCUUGCUGUCGACCAGAGCUGGGGGCCUGGGCAUUAACCUGGCCACGGCAGACACAGUGGUCAUCUUCGACUCGGACUGGAACCCUCACAACGAUAUCCAGGCCUUCAGCAGAGCUCACCGCAUCGGGCAGGCGAACAAAGUGAUGAUCUAUCGCUUUGUCACUCGAGCGUCCGUGGAGGAGAGAAUAACGCAAGUGGCCAAGAGGAAAAUGAUGCUCACUCACCUUGUGGUCCGGCCUGGCCUGGGCUCCAAGACUGGGAGCAUGAGCAAGCAGGAGCUGGACAAUAUACUCAAGUUUGGCACAGAGGAGCUCUUUAAAGGAGACAUUGAAGUUGGUGACAACCGCGACGACGACAGCAGUGUCAUCCACUACGACGGCGCUGCCAUCGACCGGCUGCUGGAUAGGGACCAAAACGCCACAGAAGAUACCGACAUCCAAAACAUGAAUGAGUACCUGACCUCCUUCAAGGUGGCUCAGUAUGUUGUUCGCGAGGAGGACAAGGAAGAGGAGGUUGAGAGGGAAAUUAUCAAGCAGGAGGAGAACGUGGAUCCUGACUACUGGGAGAAGCUGCUGCGGCAUCACUACGAGCAGCAGCAAGAGGACUUGGCGCGACACCUGGGCAAGGGCAAGCGGGUGCGCAAGCAGGUCAACUACAAUGAUGCUGCCCAGGAGGACCAAGAAUGGCAGGAUGAUGUUUCAGACAACCAAUCAGAAUAUUCAGUAGGCUCGGAGGAAGAGGACGAAGACUUUGAUGAAAGGCCUGAAGGUCGUCGACAAUCCAGGCGUCAGCUCCGAGGCGAGAAGGACAAGCCGCUUCCACCAUUGUUGGCUCGAGUGGGUGGGAACAUUGAGGUUUUGGGAUUCAACACCCGCCAGCGGAAGGCUUUCCUGAACGCAGUGAUGAGGUGGGGGAUGCCUCCUCAAGAUGCUUUCAACUCUCAGUGGCUGGUCAGGGACCUGCGUGGCAAGAGUGAGAAGGAGUUCAAGGCUUAUGUGUCGCUGUUCAUGAGGCACUUGUGUGAGCCUGGGGCUGAUGGUGCUGAAACGUUUGCAGAUGGAGUGCCUCGUGAGGGACUGUCCAGGCAGCAAGUGCUGACCAGAAUAGGAGUCAUGUCGCUGGUGAAGAAGAAGGUGCUGGAAUUUGAGCACAUCAAUGGGAAGUGGAGCAUGCCAGAGCUCAUGCCCGACAUCAGUGCCGACUCCAAGAAGUCGUCCCGCGCCUCGUCUCCCCUAGAGAAGACGGCAACGACCACCCCAGAGCCCAGCUGUAGCAACACCCCCUGCACUUCAAAGCCAGCCACUCCUGCUCCAAGUGACAAGUUAGAAGGCAGCGGAACUCCUGUUGAGAAGGAACCGACAGAUGACAAAGAGGAAGAGGCAAACGGCGGUGAAAAGAUGGAGUUUGAGAUGCCCAGUGCAGAAGAACCAGCGAUGGCUGCUGAAAAGCCGGAGGCCCAGUCACCCGAUAUUGAAGAGGUUAAAGAGCAGCCGGAAGAGGAGAAGGAGGGUGCAGGAGGGGAAGUGCAGGAGUCGGCGCUCAAGGAUGAGAAAAAAGCAGAGCCUGAAAGGAGCAGCGGGGAAACGUUUGUCGAGAAACCUGAAGCAAGCUUGGAAUUCGAGGAAAAAACUGAACUAGAAACAGCUGAUGUUAAAGAGGAGACAAAAACUGAGAAAGAUGUGAAAUCCAGUAGCAUAAAGGAUGAAAACAAAAGCAUCGGGAAGAGGGAGGAGGACAAGAUGGAGAAGUGCAAGUUCAUGUUUAACAUUGCGGAUGGUGGCUUCACAGAGCUGCAUACCCUCUGGCAGAAUGAGGAGCGGGCUGCAACAUCUUCUGGAAAAGUGUCUGAAAUCUGGCACCGUCGACAUGACUUCUGGCUGCUCUCUGGCAUUGUUGUGUACGGCUAUGCCCGGUGGCAGGAUAUUCAGAACGAUGCCCGCUUUGCCAUCAUCAAUGAGCCCUUCAAGCUGGAGGUGAACAAAGGGAACUUCUUGGAGAUGAAGAACAAGUUCCUGGCCCGACGGUUUAAGCUGCUGGAGCAGGCACUGGUUAUCGAGGAACAGCUGCGGAGGGCAGCCUACCUGAACAUGUCUCAGGACACCAGCCAUCCAGCCAUGGCCCUCAAUACCCGCUUUGCAGAAGUGGAGUGCCUGGCAGAGAGUCAUCAACACCUCUCCAAGGAAUCUCUGGCCGGAAACAAGCCUGCCAACGCUGUCCUACACAAAGUUCUAAACCAAUUGGAGGAGCUACUAAGUGACAUGAAGGCAGACGUGACCCGCCUCCCCUCCACGUUGUCACGAGUCCCACCAAUAGCCGCUCGUCUCCAGAUGUCGGAGCGCGGCAUCCUCAGCCGAUUGGCCAACAAAGGAACAGAAUCCACAAAUACGCUGACCUUCCCGCCAGGUCCGUACACGACAUCGCAAACUUUCGCUGGCUCUUUUGGGCCACCUGCACCUGUGAGCACAUUAGGGGGGCCAAUGAACUACAGUCAGGUGCCGGGGAGCUCCUUUGUAACAGCAUCCAAUGGUCCUUCUGCUAUAGAGAAAAAGGAGAGCUUGAAGGAAGGAGUGAACGUGGACAAGGACAAGAAGAAAGGGGAAAUAAUAUGUAUAGAUGAUUGACUUUCCCCGCUGCCCUCUGUAUCAGUUUGUGUUUAUAUUUUAAUUUUGAGCGACAAAACACAAGGCUAAAAGACAUCCUUUGUGUGUUUUUGCCCCGGGUGUGUGAGUGAGUGAGAAGGAGGGCAAAGGUGGGUACGUGGCAUCUCGGGGGACCCCCCCUCCAGCCCCCUGCUUCCAGCUGCCCCAAUGCCCAGAGCCAGCAGAGUUGGACCGUAAGCCAGUGGCACUCAUCAUCUCUAGCUCAGCGGUUGCAGGAAGGCUGGAUUCCUUUCCAUCCCCGACUGAUUCCACCCCAACUUUUUCCAUCUCUCCCAGCCGAGAGGCCAAAGCCAGGCUGGUGCUGAACUGGGCAGACAGGAGCAAGCCCCUGCACCUUGCACCGUUAGCCCAGCUCACACCAGCAGCAGCAGCAGCAGCAGCUUGUUGGGGGGCUGUGUUAGUUCUCAACCCCCUCCUUUGCUGGCAACUGUAUAUGGCCUGUUUAUCCAUGGGCAGGGAGAGAGUAAGGACUCUACUCUCCCCGUUACCCUAGCGGGUGUGUAGGUGGCAACGGCAAUGAGGCCACAUCACAGGGGGUGAAGGGUGCGAUGGGACCCUCUAAAUUGUCUCCUUUAGCUUCUCUCUCUCUACUGUGGACUGGAGAUGGGGCGUGAGGUUGGGAUAGGGGUCAGAUAGAUGACAGCAGGGUCAAGUACUGCUUUAAAUUACAUUCACCUCAACCCUUGCACGGCGACAACUAUUUAUAUCCUAGCCCCGUUUCACUCUAGUGUACAGACGCUGUGGCUCAGAAUAACUCACGUAUGGUGCCCUGCGCCCAAUCUAUCCUUGUGCCUGCCUGGCCUUGAUUUGCUCAUUUCACCAUUGUGUGGCCAUGUUAGAGCAGACAUCCAGCCCGCCAGCGUGGCACGUUGUGUAAGUUAAGUUGCAGGAUGGAGUUGUUUGAAGGGAAAGAGCUGAGGUUGGGUGGGAGGUUAGGGAGGAGGAGGGGGUGGAAAUACUAAAAGUUAUCUAUCAUUCUGUUCCUUUAUAUGUCUGGGCAAUGCAUCUCACCUGUGGUCUAAUGUCCACUUUAAAUGUCCAAGUGGGAGAAACCUGAAAUGGGAUUCCCGUUUGGUGGAAGUCAGCACAGCCGAUGGGAGGGGGGGGGGGGGGUUGGCCAGAAAGAAGUUGACUAAACACUGUCUCCUCUUUCUCCCCCCCCCCCCCCCCCUGCACCACCGUCCAGUGGCCUCCUGAGUUGUGGAAUGGUGUGAGUUGUGUGGCCCCAUUCUGACAGGCUGGGGCCGUGACAGUUCAGUGCCACCUGCGUUGUCCGUGACUCCUGUAACCCCGGGAUGUCGCUGCUUCCUUGCAUCCAUCUCCCAUCCCGGGAACGGCAUUAACCCGUUCACCGCCACCGCGGGCAAAAAACCGCUUCCAAAAGGAAAAAAAAAAUGUGUUCAUUAAAUUAUGUCUGCGUAAUAUUCUGUUUCAGCCGACAUCUAUUACUUAAUAUCCUUUGUUUUAAAAGAAUAUUUUGAAGAAUGUUUUUUUUCAUUAAAGUUUUUUUUUGUUA